AAAACUGGGAUUCAAUUCCUUGAAUCCCUGAUUUCUUCACCCUGUCAUUUUUUUGGGUCACUGCUCGUUCGGCGAUUUUCCGUUGAAUUUCAGGUUUUGAUUUGAUCUGUCUGUUGCUCCAAGAUGCCGGCCACUGCAGGUAGGGUUCGAAUGCCCGCAAACAAUCGGGUGCAUAGUAGUGCAGCCUUGCAAACCCACGGGAUAUGGCAGAGUGCGAUUGGUUAUGACCCAUAUGCACCUAACAAAGAUGACGCCAAGGGUUCCUCAAAUCCCAAGUCGUCCAGUGCUGAACCUGAGGCUGAGAAUGCCUAUGCCAGCUUUCAGGGUCUUCUGGCUCUUGCUCGCAUCACUGGGUCUAAUGCUGAUGAGGCUCGUGGUGCCUGCAAGAAGUGUGGCCGUGUUGGGCACCUUACGUUUCAGUGUAAGAACUUUUUGAGUCUUAAGGAGGAUAAUAAGGAGAAAGACCCAGAAGCAAUUCAGGCUGCGGUUAUGUCUGGAUUGGAUAAAUUGAAGGGAAGCAAUGGAAAGAAGGUGGAUGAUAGCGAAGAGGAGAGUGCGGAGGAAGAGAGUGAGAGUUCGGAUUCUGAUGUGGAUUCUGAGAUGGAGAGGAUUAUUGCUGAAAGGCUUGGGAAGAAGACUAGUACUAAGAAGAAGUCAUCAAGGAAGAAGAAAGAUGACUCUGAUUCUGAUGGCUCAGAUUCAGAUUCUGCUGUAAGGAAGAAGAGGGGGAGGUCAAAGAAAAGGAGUAGUAGGAAGAGGGGUUUCAGUGAUUCAGAGGAUGAGGAGGAAGCUAGAAGGAAGAGGAGAAAGGAAAAGAGGAGGAAGAGGGAUGAAUCCUCAGAUGAGGAUGAUGAGCGUCGACACCAUAAAAGGAAGAGCAGGAAGGAGAAGAGGAGGAGGAGAAGUCAUAGAUCAUCAUAUGAUUCUGAUCCUGAUGGAUCGGAUGAUUCUGGCAGACGUCAUAGGAGAAAGAGCCGGAGGGCAGCAUCCCCAUCUGAUUCUGAUGUCAGUUGCUCAGAUGAUUCAAGGGUUGGAAGGGAUGCUAAACGGUCUGAGAAGAGGAGCAGGAAACCUCAUAGUGAAGAGGAUGAGUAUUGACUUAACGUAAAAGGUAAUGCUUAAGCUUUUUCAUAGUCUGGUUUCCCAUUUUAGUCUUAUUAUAUCUAUCUUUAGUGAAUGCAAUGAAAUGGUGGAUGAGCUUGCUACUAUGUAUCAAAUUUUUAUUAUUUGGUAUGUGUUUUGCCUAUACAAGAUUAUGUCAUCUAAAUAUCAACAUUUCUAGUCAUAAUCAAUAUACUUUGUUUUAUUUUCUUUGCUGUAAGUAAUUGAAGCAUAUUUGCUUAUUAACAGGGAUUAAUUGCAUUCUUAUGCAAGGUUUUGCAUUUUAAAAAUGAUCUUCAUUUGGUUUUGUUUGUUGAAAUAUUGUAAAUCUUAGGUAACUGAUUCCUCGCAAAAUAUUGAGGGGAGAAAGAAAAAACCACACUAUUUGAGCUUUAUGAAUUACUAUUGUCAAAUUUUAGAAAAUAAAAGAGGGAAAUAUACUUCAGAAGCUCCUUCAAUCAUACUGCAGAAUGAAGAACCAACAAAAGUUGAAAUGGAUAGAUAGGUGGCAUAGAUAUGUAUCUGCUCUUCUUCAAUGAACCUAAUUAGUCAAUCCAGUGUUGGAGAUGAGCCUUCGUAUUGAUUCUGAAUGGCACAUUGACCAGUGUCCACCACUUGUUUAAACCACUUGAAGACAAUAGGUUUAUAACUUUACAUGCACAAUUUCAACUUGUAAAAAUCUGGGAUUUACAUCUGCAUUAUACUGUUUUUUCUGGUGAGCAUUAUGAUAUGUGAUUGUCUUUUUUCUGAGUGACAUAAAGCAGUCCACCAAGGUGGUCCAAAAUAUGAAAAUUCCAUUUGAACAGAGGAAACAUCAUCUGAUUGGAAUGACAAUCUUAGUGUCAAUAAAGCAUGUGAUAUUAU